AUGGGACAAAUGAUCCCCCAAGAUUAUGUAUUGGCUAUGGUGCCAAUCAUUUUGUGGAUGUCUGUGGUUGUCUACGGCACCGUGAAUUCACGCUCAGUGCUCUCAUCGCUAAGCCUACGACGUUCGUUUAAGGAACUAACAAUGGAACGACACUCGCAGCUGGAUGUGUUGGAUGUGUUCCGAGUUGUUGCCAUUAUAUGGGUGAUGAUAAAUCAUACCGGUAGCGAAGGUCGUGUGGAUAAUCUGGAUCGCCUACCAUCAGCGGAAAAGUUCAAGUGUGGGCGGAGAUACACGAAAUGUGGCCCAUUUCUUCUCGGGCUGCUACUUGGCACUGCGACAACCAAGAUGAGACCGAGCCUGGAUCGCCGCAUGUCACGACUGAUCGCCACCCUCUUCUUCGUGUUGUGUGUUUGCGUCAUUUACGCGAUACUGCCGCAGUACUGGUAUGGCGACCACUUGACGCGCUACAACCUCUACUACACAGCCACCUUCCGAACAGUGUUCAGCAUCGGAGUCUGUGGAAUGAUUUUGGCGAUAGUUUCGCGUUUCGAGAGGUGA